UAUGAUAGUGACAAACGUGAUUGUACAGGUUAUUAUGUAAUAGUUCUGGUUAUUAUUUGAUUAUUUGGUAUAUAUAUAUGAACUGCAUUCAUGAGCCACGUCCAUAAUAAAAAGGGCAUCUUAGUAGUAUAAAAAAAUAAGGGUAUUCUUAAAAUGAAAGAAUCAUACACUAUUGCGAAUAAAUCAGUUAAAAUACCUACACUUUAAACGAAGUAUACCAAUUCAAUACACAUGUCAUUUUUCGUGCUAAAUACUAUUCAAGUACCCUAUUAGUUAAAUUAACAACAACGACUAAUUGUAGGCUAAUUUUUGUGACCAUUAAGGGUUUUUCUGUGUUAAAAAUGGAUAGUCUACUUGCAUCUUUUCUGAGACUGAUAUUUAAAAAAAAAAAUGCUAGUAAAUUUCCAAUAUUUUUAAACAUGACAAAUUAAAAAGGUAAUUAAAUUUAUUUGAAAUGCGCUGCAAUAAAAGCACACACACACACACACACCUUUCAAUCAGUCCUGUUGUUAAAAGACUGCGGUCACUAGCUAGUAGAUCAUAUCUCAACUAUUCCAUGGCACUUAUUGCCGUAUAAAACUUACAUAUGGCUCACGUAAUGAUUGUCUUCAUUUCUUAAACAUGUCUGUAAUAUUUUAUGUCAUCUUGUGCUACUAUAAACAUUAUGUGUUGGCCACGUGUAAUGUGUGAAGCCGGCAAGAUGUUUUUUUUGUCAUCAUCUGCAGCAUUAGCAACCUAUGGUUAAUUGACUUGGAUAUUUUUUAUUGAUUUUAUGUAGACUCAUUACCUUUCAAAACAAACAAACAAACAAACAAAACAACAACUUUAAAUGUGUUAUUUUGUGAGUACUGUUAAUCCAUGGAUUAAAUCCAUUAUCGUUUUUAUCAAACUGAUUAUAGAUAUAGCUUAUAUUAUAAUAAAGAAGUAUAAACCUAAUUGCGCAAAUAAAACCAAAUUUGUUCCUCAUAGAAGCGGCCUUGCCAUUAAAAUUUUUUACUGCAAAAUGGAGGCGAUGUGAAGCUCUGGUUUAGGAGACCCCUUUAUUGUUCUCUCCCAUGGUCACGUGUCCAUGUCAUCCAAUCCUGUCUCGGCCGCCGUUCAACUUAUCAAAGGUCUGUAGUUCACAGUGAAGUCGAGCGUUCCUAGAUUUGCAGAUUCCGCCCUUGUGUCUAUUCCGUGGUGAGGACUGUACGCACGGUAUAGCGACUGUGUGCGUUUUUUGUUAUGUCGACCCUGGGUACUCUGGGUUACUACGCCGACUCGCACAUUCCUCACGAGGACGAUGAUCAUUUGGCGCCGCGGUUUCCAACUGCACCGACGAUGCAUAGCCAGGCUCGAGAGCCAUCUCUGUCUGAAUAUGGAGAACCCGAUCCAUACCCUUUCCAAAGCAAGUCGGCUAUUUUUGGCGCGUCUUGGAGCCCUGUGCCCGUGCAACCGCCGGGCGGUACAUCUAUCGCAUACCAUCCUUACAUACAUCAGCCGUGUCCGACAGCCGAGUCGGAUGGAGCAUCUGCGCGCGCCUGGGCGCUCGAAUCGCUUUCUGCGUCCGUCCCUUUCGCCGGAUUAUCUACAGAUGUGCAUCACGAUAUUAAACUCGAACCACUGGUCGGGAGCGGUGAGUGCACCACGCUGGAUGCAAGAACUCUUAUGGCUCCUGAUGCUCAAAGGAACGCGAGCCCUGCGGUAAAGGAGGCGGAUCUGACCCAUGCGGAUGUGACAGAGCCAAGCGACGAGAAAACGCUAACGGAUACUAAGCCGGAUCUAGACCCAAAUAACCCUGCGUCCAACUGGCUACACGCGAAGUCCACGAGAAAAAAACGCUGCCCAUACACUAAACAUCAGACUCUCGAGUUGGAGAAGGAGUUUCUCUUUAAUAUGUACCUGUCUCGUGACCGUAGAUACGAAGUGGCAAGACUGCUAAAUCUCACCGAGAGACAAGUUAAAAUAUGGUUCCAAAACCGUAGGAUGAAGAUGAAGAAAUGCAACAAAAAUCGCCCCAAAGACAUCUGAAGUUAAGGAAUACUGAUGAGUGCACACUGCAAUGAUUUGGACAGCUUUCAUUCCUGCGCACACCGGUUUUGUGUUAUGCUUCUACGACAGCACCAACAACAACAUCAACAAAUUUUACGUUUGCACCUAUUUUUGGUGUGAGAAUGUGUCGAUGUAAUGAUUGCGGUUUUGUUAUAAGGCUGUUUGUUAGUCCUCUUGUGUCGUGUUUGCUUGUUGUAGGUCCAAGUGUUUAUUGUUGUGUCCAUUUUGAUCCUCUUUCAGAUUUGAGCAACUUUCCAUGUAGGCUACUGAUUUCAGGGACAUAUAGGCUACUAAUGCUCGAUAUAUUUAAUAUUGUUGAUUUGCAUGUGUGUCGGUCGCUUUUCAAAAUGCCAGAAUGACUUCUGCCCAGAUAUUUAAUGUUUAAUGUAAUGUUUAUUGUUACUACCUAGAUGUAUAUGAACUACCUAUUUGCAUUAUGAAAAUUAGUGUUUUGUCGUUGAGACAUCGGUGAAUUUUGUAUCAUAAACAUGCUUGAAUUUUUUGUGACUGGAAAAGAGCCUGUACACGUAAAUACCUCAAAUCAUACGUUAGCAUAGCCAUUUUCAGUUUAAUGUUCAUCUGUGUAGAUAACAAAUAAAAGUUCAGAAAAUGUAAUAUUUGGGUAGUGCACUAUUUCCGUUUUAAGUAUAAACAAAAUAAUUACAAUUAUAGCUAUAACAUAGAUAGAUAGAUAGAUAGAUAGAUAGAUAGAGAAAAUGGCUAAGAUUGACUAAAUAAUGAUUCGCAAAAAAGAAUAUAUUUUAGA